GGGACCAUGAAUAAAUCAGGGAUAUCAACUGUGACACAGUUUGUCUUGUUGGGCUUUCCUGGUCCCUGGAAAAUGCAGAUCAUCUGUUUCUCAAUGAUUCUGUUGCUCUACAUCUUGACACUAACUGGGAAUACGGCCAUCAUUUGUGCUGUGACGUGGGACCACCGACUCCACACCCCUAUGUACAUGUUCCUGGCCAACUUCUCCUUCUUAGAGAUCUGGUAUGUGACCUGCACAGUCCCCAGUAUGCUGGCCAAUUUUCUUUCCAAAACCAAGACCAUAUCCUUCUCUGGCUGCUUCACUCAGUUCUACUUCUUCUUUUCGCUGGGCACAACUGAAUGCUUCUUCCUCUGUGUCAUGGCUUACGAUCGCUACCUGGCCAUCUGUCGCCCACUACACUAUCCCUCCAUCAUGACUGGGCAGCUCUGUGCCAUUCUAGUGUCUCUUUGUUGGCUCACUGGUUUCCUUGGACAUUCAAUUCCUAUUUUCUUUAUUUCUCAACUACCCUUUUGUGGUCCCAAUAUCAUUGAUCACUUUCUGUGUGAUGUGGACCAACUGAUGGCAUUGUCAUGUACCCACUCACCAAUCAUAGAGCAUGUAAUCCAUUCCGUGAGCUCUCUUAUCAUCAUUCUAACUGUUUUGUACAUCCUUGGGUCUUAUACCUUGGUGCUCAAAGCUGUGCUUCAGGUUCCUUCUUCAGCUGGGAGGCAAAAGGCCUUCUCUACCUGUGGAUCCCACUUAGUUGUGGUGUCUCUAUUCUAUGGAACCAUUAUGGUGAUGUAUGUGAGCCCAACAUCUGGCAAUUCAGUUGCUAUGCAUAAGAUCAUCAUACCAAUAUACACCAUAGUGACACCAGUCUUAAAUCCCCUCAUCUACAGCCUACGCAAUAGGGACAUAAAAUUUGCCCUCCACUGGGUCCUUUGUGGAAUGAGAAUUAUCCAAACCUCAUGA